AUGGACUUCGACCAGCCGGAGGCAUCAUCCUCGACCAGGGGCCGGUCGAAUGUCCUCUAUGUCCCGGAGACGACCUAUGAUGCCCAACCUCAACCUGCAUUCCAGUAUCGCUCAAUAGCCCAUGCAGACCCCGUCAUCUGCAUAGACAAUGGCUCGAGCUCAUGGCGAGCUGGCUUCUCGACGCAAUCAACGCCGUACAUUGACAGACCGAACGUUGUCGCCAAGUACAAAGAGCGGAAACAGGGGCGGAACAUUAUGCUCUUUGGGCGGGACAUAGAGGCGGAUGCCAACUCCAGGUCGAAUGGGCGGUCCGUGUUCGACGGGGACUUGCUGGUUCAUGGGGAUGUGCUGGAAAGCGCGCUGGACUUCACCUUCCUCACACUGGGAAUAGAUACGGCAAGGAUAGAACAUCCGAUAGUGAUGACAGAACGGCUAGCCAAUCCCUUGUUCACACGAGCUCUGACUUCGGAGCUCCUCUUCGAGAUGUACAAUGCUCCCUCCGUGACAUAUGGUAUAGACUCGCUCUUUGCCUUCUCGAGGCAGAAGCAUUCGGACGGAUUGGCUAUCAGUAUGGGCCAUAAUGCUACGACGGUGAUACCUGUCGUCAAUGGCAGAGGCAUCCUCAGCCGAUCAAAGAGAAUACCUUUAGGCGGUGUGAACAUGUCAGAGCUGCUGCUCAAGCUCGCUCAGUUGAAGUAUCCGACGUUCCCGCUCAAGGUGACAAUACCACAAGCUACCUUUAUGGCUCGCGAGACCUGCUACUUCUCCACCGAUUAUGAAGCAGAACUUCGGACUCUGGAGAACCCGGCAACGCUGUCCGCCAUGACCAAGAUCAUCGAGUUCCCGUUCACUGUACCAGAUGUGGUCGAGAAGACUGAUGCCGAGCUUGCGGCUCAGAGCGAGAAGCGGAAAGAGCAUGGAAGAAGAUUGCAGGAGAUGCAGAAGACCCAGAGGGCCGAGAAGCUUGCCGAAAAGAUCUCCGCCCUUGAGAUAUACCGCAACAUCCUCCUCCAGCGCUCCCUCCUGGCUCCUGAUGACUUCCUCGACCUUGUCCUUUCCGAAACGGACUUCGAGUCUGAAGCAGAACUCGAAGCCUGGGUCAAGAAGACCGACGCGGAUAUCAAGCGCAAGCAAAAGAAGGAUGCUGGGGAGGAUGCAGAGCCAGAAGAGGAUCCCGUGUUCCCGAUGGUGGACAGGCCGGAUGAGGAGUUGAAUGAGGACGAACUCCGAGAGAAACGGCGGCAAAGGUUGAUGAAGGCUGGUUGGGAGGCGCGGGUCAAGGUCAGGGAGGAGAAGGAGAGGGCAAAGGAACGCCGGUUAGAAGAUGAGCGGAAGGAAGAGGAGGCGAGAUUGGCGGAUCCCGAAUCGUGGGCGAAGAGAUUGAGGCUGGAGCAGGAGGCUGUCAUGCUGCGGAUGGAGAGCCGUAAAAAGACAAAGUCGCAGCGGAAAGACCGGAAAUCCGCUGCUGCCCAAUCUAGGAUGAAGACGAUCGCCAAUCUGGCAGCCGAAGAUAAGGUCGUCAACACCAAGAAGAGGAAGAAGGGAGAUGACGACGAUGGGUUUGGUAAAGACGACUCGGACUGGGCGGUAUAUCGAGAAGUGGGCGGAGAGGAAGACUCGGAUGCGGAAGAGGACGACCUCACAACCCUACAAUCUAUCGAGUCCAGGCUACUGCAGCACGACACCACCUUCACCGAGGAUGAUACCAUGGUCGGUCGAGCACAAGUCAAGAACGCCCUCAUCAACGCCUUUGUUCGUGGUGGGGCGGCGGAUCGGUUUGACCCGACAGAUCUGAGGCAGAGCUAUCAAUUACACCUGAAUGUCGAGCGGAUUCGCGUACCCGAGGCGUACUUCCAGCCUGCAAUGUUUGGCGUGGAUUCGGCGGGUCUCGGCGAAGUGGCGGGGUGGCUCUUGAAUGGGUUCGAGGAGGAACAACGGAGGAAGAUGAUGCAGUGUAUCUUCGUCACCGGUGGCGCCUCGAGUAUACCAAACUUCAUCCCUCGACUGAGAAACGCUCUCACCCCCGUACUUCCAUUCCGAGCACCCCUAAAGAUCGUUUCGUCAUGGGACGGCGGGGAUCCCAAGCUGGAGGCGUGGAAGGGCAUGGCGAGUUGGAGCGUAACGGACGAGGCGAAGGCCGCGAGGGUGUCGAGGGAAGAAUACAUGGAGCAUGGGGCGGAUUGGAUCAAGGAGCACGCAUGGGGUAAUCCAGUCAUGUAA